UCGCCGUAACGUUUCGUCUACAGAGACCGUGAGCGGCCGAUCACGUAUGUGACAUGGCGUCCGGGUAGAAAGAAAGUUGACUGUUAAAUAAGCGUUAAUGUUGUUUUUAUGACAUUAACCGACCGAAAAAGGGAACAUCCGAGGCCGCGAAUUUCCCACAGACACCGGCAUUGAUGGUAAUGCAUGCGAGGAAACCGCAAAGGAUCAGCGAUGGGUACUUCGAAAAGCACCAGGCCCAUCCCUAUCAGAACUCAAAGUACAGCAGUUCUAAGGGUGGCUACUCCUCAUCGACGACAUCAUCAGACAGUCGUUACGAGGGUCGUAUGCGAGAUUCCCCAAAUGGAAACUCAUAUAGUCCAGCGACGGGCUUGGGUAUGGGCAUGGGAACAGACAGGGAUAGUCCUCGAAGCUAUACGUCCAAGCCCCUAUACAAGAAGGAGAGAGAAAAUAGAGACUAUAAGUUAUCCUCUUCUAGGGACAAGUAUUCUGAUUGUGCACGAUCCCCAAAAGACAAGAGAAGUCGUGAAAGCAGAGAUUCAGAACACAGGACCAACCACGAUAGGAGUAGUGGAGAGAUUUUACAUCCUAUAAAAUUAUCAUCAAAUUCGUCACGGGAAUCUUCAUCUCAGAGAAAACCGUCUCAUAAUUCUUGUCAGGACAAACGCGGUGAUGAACGAGGAGGUACGAUGGAACGUUCGGCCAGGUUCGGCGAUUGGUCUGAACAUAUGAGUUCUUCGGGCAAGAAGUAUUAUUACAACUGUAAAACGGAGGUCUCUCAAUGGGAGAAGCCACGGGAAUGGAUCAGUCGAACGGAUAAUCGACAGCGUCAAUCCAAUGAUUAUUCUUCUAGGUCAAGUCACGAUAAACAUUCCAACUCGCGGUCGAAUAGCAGUAGCAGUGUGCGAGAUGGUAAAUCAUCCCGUCAAUCCGAUAAACGAGAGUAUUGGAGCUCGUGCAGCGGAAGUGGCGGUGGUAGCAGUAGAGAAGAAGUUUCUGUCAGAGACAGGGAACGAGACAAAGAACGUGAAAGGGAGCGGGAACGUGAAAGAGAUCGUGAACAAUGUAGAGAGGAUCCAGGAGUGGAGCGUCAAGCUCAGGAUAUGGAUAUUUCACCAGGUGAUUCGACACCGACCUCAGAACCCCUGACUUCUUGCACUCACGAUCCACUGCCGCAGGGCCCUGUUCUGCUAGCCACUGCAUUGCCUCGACUAACAUCACAUCCGCCAUCUACACCGCAAACACCUGGGAAACUUAACUCACCGACGCAACAUCAAGGAAAUAGCAAUGCUCCAGGACCACCGGUCUCAUUAGCAAACCUACCCAGACUAUUAUCUCAAAUCACAGGCAGUAAAGAACAGCCUGAUAUUACACCGCAGAAAGCAUUGCAAACACUUCAAACAGCCGCAAUUUUGCUGUCUCGACAACAGUCGUCAAGCGGAGACAGGAAUAAUAGUGGAAACGACGUAAUGGUGCCGCUGAAAGUUGACACGAGCGGUGUGGUAACAAGCGAGGGACCACCUACUCCCACUCAUUCAGAGACCCAGGAUUGCAUCGAUGCUCGAAAACUAACAAGCCCUGGGGGAACGAAUUCCGGAGUACAAGGUCUUAGCUCGUUACAAAGUCUUAGCACGCUAGGUUCUCUCGGCAAUUUAAGUAAUACAGGUUUACAAGCAUUGUCGAGAGUACAGCCUCCCUUAACACCUUCUUUAACACCGUCGCUUGCCAAUCACUAUCGAGAAGAUUUGACGCAACAUGUGCGUGCCUUUCCCGCUGACAUCCUUGAAAAGCAGGCACAGAAACUUAGCGAAGAAGCACAUACAAUGGGAAGCUUGCAGUGUACAAGAGUGUCGGCAGAGUUAAAAACGGCACGGUCGAUAGUGAGGCUGACAGAAAUUCAGGCAACCUUACAGGAACAAAGGAUAUUAUUUCUCCGUCAGCAAAUACAAACGCUGGAGGAGCUAAAAUCCCAAAAUUCCUUCAUGUCUGACGACUCUUAGUGUAAGGAAACUUUAUAAAGUAAUUAUAAUUACGAUCUAUAAUUAAUUCAUGC